AUGAUCGAUCUCAUUCGCGCCUUUGAGGCUAAACUGCAAGUUUUCAGAAACGAUAUUAUCGCAAAAAACUACAAGUAUUUUCCAUACUUGAAAAAAUAUAUCAAUGAAUCUGAUAUACAUGAGACAACAAAUGCAGAAAAUAUUACUGAGGAAUUUAUCUCUGUGAUUGAUUCUUCAAUUAAGGAAUUUUCAACAAGAUUUUCUCAGUUCAAAGAAUUAUCAGAAACGGUCAAGUUUAUUAUGUACCCAGAUGUAACGACCUUUCAUACACUGAACUUCUCCCAGUUCGAUUGGUUGGAAAUUGAAGAUUUUGAAAUGCAGCUGAUUGAUUUCCAAUCUAGUUCAAUUUGGAUACAAAAAUUCAUAGACAUGAGAAAAGAAUUAGAGUUAAUUGAAACAGAAAGAUUGACCAGUAAUAUAAGUAAAGAUGCCAAUAAUAAAAUUUUAGAAACCUGGAAUGCGUUGCCAGAAACAUUUAAUUGUUUAAAGAAGCUGGCUCACGCUAUUCCAACUGUAUUUUCAUCAACAUAUGCCUGCGAGUCAUUGUUUUCAGAGAUGAAUAACAUCAAAGACUCUGUUAGAAAUAGACUGACUGAUGAAUCAAGUUCAGCAUGCAUUCUGCUAAAAGUAACAUCGUACAACCCCAAUAUAAGUCAAUUAUCGUCCAAUCUGCAACAACAGAAGUCGCACUAA